AUGCCACUCUCCGAGCUGCCUAGCUAUCACCCUGCAAGGAAUGCAAUCGGGCAGUCUCAAGACGACGUCCACGAUGGUAAUCCUCGCACGGGCCCACUAAAUGGAGACGAGAAUUCGAAUAUACUCAAGAACCCAUCUUCCAUCCAAAGCAUGCUCAGAAACACGACGGAGACAGGCAAUGUGGGCCAAUUCUCCAUCAAACCGUCUCGAGUACCGCCUUCACUCCCACGGCCGUCGAAGGCCCGCGCGACACCCAGCAAGCAACGUCAGCCAGGAGCAUACUACAACAGAGACGAAGACACCAAUAUACGCCACACUCCAUUGCACUCCCGUCAAGAGACAACAGCCUCUAAUGGCCCAGGGUUUCAGAAUCAGAUCCCAAGGUCGCAUCGGGGGCCCGCGAGAUCUCCUUCAAUCGAAGACUAUCGGUCGUACUCCACAACGAAAAGCUCAUACGCGAGUCACAGUCUCACCACCCACCAUCCACAUACCAAUGGGGGUCAUGGUGGCCCUGGAGGUCCACACAACUUGAGACCGAGGUCACCUUUUGCUUAUCCUACUAGGCUCAAGCGCCCUGGCUAUCGGCCUUCAUCACCAGCUCUCAGUGAAUUCAACAAGCAGAAUCGAAGCCAAACGAGCCUCCACCGCCGUCCAAGCUUUCGCACCAACUCUCCUUCCUCGCUCCACACGAAUGGUGCUCCUUCACCUUGGCGAAAGGGCGUCAACCGGUCAGAUCCGUUGCUUCGUUAUUACCCUCAGUCCGCCGUCCCGAUAUCUGGAAGAGCCCCGAGUCCGUCGCCAACUUCCACUCGCCCACAUACACCAAAAGCCUCACCCAGCGUGAAAAGUAUCGCAAGCUCAACAAAUGGUCUUCAAGCAACACCAAACGGUAGCUGGAUCAAUUCUCAAAUCCAAACUCCUUCACCUAUAUUUUAUGAUUACACAGAAGCUUUCGAAGAGCAAGGAGUUGAGCAGCAAGACUAUUCACACUACGUCAGCAUGUCAGCGGGAACUCUGGCGGAGCAUCCAAUGCUUGAUACUGCGACCACAACAUAUUACGAGCUUGAUGCGAGCCCCGAUAGCACCGGUCGCACUGAACUGCCGUCCGAAGACAGUAUCCCAAAGCUGAAAACGCAAUCCACGGAUAAUAGAUUUGAUCAGACUACCUCACAAUUCGAGGUGGAUGACCAAAGCUCAAUACAAGCGCUUCAUAAGGAUCUCAGCGAAGUGCCUGAGCUUCCAGAGGGAGAUUUGUCAAAUGCGGAGGCUGAUGUUGCACCAACAAAGCACGAUGACGUCCCUAUUGACCAAGAAAUACAGUACCCAUUCCCUAAGCAAGCGUCUCCUUUGAUGGCAACGACAGGACGUUCAAAGCAGUUUUCAGACCAGGAACUAUGCCGCGAGUCUCCUUUACAAGUCGAGAAUCUAGCAACUACAUCGCGGACCUCAGAAAGCCCUAAACGACGCGUGUCUUCGCCUAUUGAAUCGAUUCAUUCAACACAUCCUGCUCCCCAACCUGUGCCUGAAUGGGAAAACUCUUCCCCUAAAGAUCCAGAGGCCGUGCCUAGCUCUGUUGCUUCUCCGCCUCCCGUAGGACAACCGGCAGCAGGCUCUGAUCAUGGCAAGGGCCAUGAAGGCGAUAAUCGGCGUUCACUGCAAUUAGUACGAGCGACUUCUUUCGAGGAUCACUCUGGGAAUGAGCAUACAGUAACAGAGAUUGUCUCACCAACGCCGGAAAGAUCUAUUAUAUCGCCUAACAGUGUCAGUAGGUUUAGCAAGAUCUUAUCUAUCAAUGACGAUCUGUUGAAUUUGGACGAGCUUGCUAGUCGAAUCAAGGGGAAAGACAGAGCAGAUGGCCCAAUGCAGGGCACCAUGGACAGCAGGCCCCGCGUUGCCCGCAUCGAGCCUCCGUGGCGAAAGCGAUCUGUACAACUGCGAGAUAUUGCAACAAGACAGAAUGCAGCCGACUAUGCCCUAGUUGAGGCGUCGGAUUCAGAGGAUGAGCCUGAGCUGACGCAGGGUUUGCGGCAGACAUUCUGUAAACCAGACGAGCGUCCCUUGGAUAAUCGAUCAAGGUCCCCGCCAAUCACACUACCGUCUCAAUUAGUGCACCGUGGUUAUCCGGGACCUCUGAGUAUCCGAAGGUCUCCAGCCGUGAGGAGAUCCACAUCUGAUUUACGCAAAGUGCGAGAUCCACCAGUUGCCGAUCCUGAUCAAGACCUCGGGUCUCCUGAAGAGAGCCUUACUCACGUUGCUCUGACCCUGGAAGCCAAGAAGUCAAUUCCAUUACCGUUGGACUCAGAUCAGAAAUUCGAAUCACCCAGAGAAUACACCGUUCAGGAAGAUUUGACUCCGGACAUCAAGCCACCACCAUCCCCCAACAAGGAGCUUCCCCCACUACCUAGUGAACGGCCAGCCGUUGUGUCAUUGUCACCUCCGGUCGCACCACGCCUGCCGAGUCUACCCUUCUCGUUCACGCCUUUGAUACAGAGAAGAAGUGAGGACGAGACUGCUUCGGCAGCAGAGCCUGAGCCCGUGGCUUCGUCUUGCUUGGACCAAGGCGAGGAGAAAUAUGAAGAUGAAGAGACUGAAGCCCCAAUACCAGCAACCCAGUUUGGGCCUGAUAGAACUUCUAUAGCCUCAUCACCUGACUCAAGACCAUGGAAUUUAGAUACCAGCUAUCCUUGGAGCGAUCAACAGCCAAAGCUCGAAGUCACAAUGCCUGAGCCAACAGAGGAUCCAAACCAGAGCACCAGGAGCUUGCCACGUUUCAGAUUCAAAAUCCAACGAGCAUCAUCAACUACAGAAGGUACAGCGAAGAUAACUAAGUAUCCUUCAUCCUCGGACGCCUCACCAAGUCAAUUCGCGUCAUCUUAUGAUGCGUUCCAAGGUACGGCUUUCAGAUGGAAGAGGUACCCCACUCUAUCCGUAAUGCCAGGGCAAAUCAACAGCAGCCAUGAUGUUAUUCGAUCAAGUCCGAAUCAAACCCGCUUCGUUGAAAGUUUUGAAACGCAAUCGCCACGGAUUACGCUCGUACCCCCGUCCCCCGGCUUCGAAGCCCGCAGCUUUUUCUCUGACGAUAGUUCGCAAGUGCGUCCCAGGGGAGCCUUUAGGAAGCGGUUUUCUGCACUCAGAAAUAGAGCGCCCAGAGGAGCUUCCACAGAUGAACCUCGAGGCUACGAUCGAGGCUUACUAAGUUCCGCUUUAGGCAGAUCGAGAGCUAGUGGCCGCAGUAGCAGGCAGAGUGAGAAUACCGCAAUCACGGCCGGGGCUUCUUCCCGUGCAUCACAGACCAAGCGCGCCAGACGAAAGCUCGUGAAGAAGCUUAGAUCCUGGUGGCAACGAGGCGAGGAUCGCGUCCGAGAAUGGAGAUGGAGGAGGCGUUACAACGGAGCAAUUGAUCGCUCAGUGAGCGCUGAUCUUUACGCAGGAGUUUGA